AUGGAUGCCUCGAACACUUUAGUUGUUGACAACGGAACAGGGUUUGUAAAAGUUGGAUAUGCGGGUUCUAAUUUUCCCCAACAUGUGUUUCCCUCGGUUGUUGGUAGACCAAUUCUUCGAGCCGAAGAGAAAGUCGGAGAUGUAGAGGUCAAAGAUAUCAUGGUUGGUGACGAAGCAGCCGAACUUCGGUCAAUCUUACAGAUGUCAUAUCCAAUGGAAAAUGGUAUAAUAAAGAUAUGGGAAGACAUGAAACAUUUGUGGGAUUAUACGUUCAACGAAAAAUUGAAAGUGGAUCCUAAAGAGUGUAAAGUGCUGUUGACCGAACCACCAAUGAAUCCGCUUUCCAAUAGAAGGGAGAUGGUACGGUUGAUGUUUGAAGAAUACGGAUUUCAAGGUGUUUACGUAUCUAUUCAGGCUGUAUUAACCCUGUACGCUCAAGGUCUUCUCACUGGGGUAGUAGUUGAUUCUGGUGACGGUGUAACGCACAUCGUCCCUAUAUAUGACGGUUUUGCCCUUAAUCAUCAAAUACGCCGACUCAAUGUUGCUGGUAGAGAUGUAACAAAAUAUCUCAUAAAGUUGCUGUUGUUAAGGGGCUAUGCUUUCAACAGAACUGCUGACUUUGAGACUGUGAGACAAAUCAAGGAAAAAUUUUGUUAUGUAAGCUAUGAUAUUCCAUUAGAUCAAAAAUUGGCAAAUGAAACCACUGUACUCGUAGAAAAUUAUACGUUACCCGAUGGUAGAGUCAUCAAAGUUGGGUCUGAACGAUUCGAGGCACCUGAAUGUAUGUUCCAACCUCACUUGGUAGACGAUGAAAAACCGGGUGUUGCAGAAAUGCUUUUCGAAGCCAUUCAAGAUGCGGCGGUUGAUGUCCGCCCCGAAUUAUAUAGACAUAUCGUCUUAUCAGGUGGUUCAUCUAUGUACCCUGGUCUGCCAAGUCGUCUUGAAAAAGAGCUUAAACAACUUUAUCUGGAAAGAGUGGCACAAGGCGAUACUUCGAGAUUGAAAAAAUUAAAGAUUAAGAUUGAAGAUCCUCCAGGAAGAAAACAUAUG